CGCCAAUGGCAGCGCUCUUCGUUCUAACUUCUCCUCUUCCUUCGUUGUCUGCUUCUUCUAUUUGAGCUCCUUCGACCACGGGAGAAGUCGAAGAAGAGCACGAGUUUUAGAUCCCUCCUCGUACUCCCAUUGAUUUCUGUUCCUGCUCUCUUUUCCACGUUAAAGUUAAAGCAGAGCGGAAGCAGAGUCGCGGAGAUGGUAAAGCAGAGUGUCAUCGUCCCGGAGGAGAUCGCCAUCUCCGGCGCCGCCUCGGCUGCGAAGACCGAACCUCCCGUCCUCCUCCCUGCUUUUCCUCCUCGUAACUCCAUCCCCGGUCUCCACCGUGCCAGCUUCAACAACCGGUUCAUGAGCCAGGUAGAUAUUUCCGGCGGGAGGCCGAGCGCAUUGGUCGAGUCCAUGCGCGCCUCCUCCCCCACCCACCCCAGGGAGGCCGCCUCCGACUUGUCUGUCGCCGCCGAUGGAGAGUACAAGGAUUGGCUGAAGCGGCACCCGUCGGCGCUGGGCAACUUCAACGACGUCGUCGCGGCGUCAAAGGCGAAGCAGAUGGUGAUGUUCCUCGACUACGACGGCACUCUGUCCCCCAUCGUCGACGAUCCAGACAGCGCCUUCAUGUCUGAGCCGAUGAGGGAGGCCGUGAGAGACGUUGCGAGGCACUUCCCAACUGCCAUCGUGAGUGGCAGAUGCAGGAACAAGGUGUUCAAUUUUGUACGAUUGAAGGAAUUGUACUACGCUGGGAGCCACGGCAUGGACAUAAAAGGUCCUAGCAAAAGCACCAAAAAGACAACAUCCAAGACAAACCCUGUUUUGUUUCAACCGGCCAGUGAGUUCCUUCCUGUGAUGGAUGAGGUGUAUAAUGCACUGGUAGAGAAAAUAAAGUCCGUCCCAGGUUCCAGAGUUGAAAACAACACCUUCUCUUUAUCAGUCCACUACCGAUGUGUUGAGGAAAAGAUAUGGAACUCAUUGGCUGAGCUAGUCCGUUCAGUGGUGAAUGACUACCCUGAACUCCGGCUCACCGUAGGAAGAAAGGUACUUGAGAUUCGCCCGAGCAUCGAAUGGGACAAGGGGAAGGCUCUUGAGUUCUUGUUAGAGUCCAUAGGGUUCGCAAAUUGUAACAAUGUGUUUCCGGUGUACAUAGGAGAUGACCGCACCGACGAAGAUGCUUUCAAGGUAUUGCGUGAAAGAGGACAGGGUGUAGGGAUCCUUGUGUCUAAGUUUGCAAAGGAAACAAAUGCAUCCUAUUCUCUUCAAGAACCAGCUGAGGUCAAUAAGUUCCUACGUCAGCUCGUUGCAUGGAAGAAGCUUCUUUUGAAGGAAUGAUCAGUGCCAUUA